AGCUCGACAUUUUUAAAUAUUUUUAAAGAAGGAGUCGGAUAAUUUUUUUUAUACAUAUAUAUAAAACUUAAGGGAAACAAAUAAAGAUGGAAGUUUGCAGAGGCAGAACGUUGGGCAUCUCGGUGGCCGUGGCGCACGGCGUGUUCUCCGGGUCUCUCAACAUCCUGCUGAAGUUCCUCAUCAGCACGUACCACUUCACCUACCUGACCCUCAUCCAGUUCCUCACCAGCUUCACGGCGGCGGUGACGCUCGAGAUCCUGCGCCGGCUGGGCGUCGUGAACAUCCCGCCGCCGAGCGCGCGCCUGGCGCGGGUGUUCGCCGGCGUGUGCGCGCUCUCCACGCUGCAGUCCACGCUCACCCUCUGGUCUCUGCGCGGCCUCAGCCUGCCCAUGUACGUGGUGUUUAAGCGCUGCCUGCCCCUCGUCACGCUCUCCGUCGGCGUGUGCGUGCUGCGGGACGGCGCGCCGUCACUCGGGGUCACCGUGGCUGUGCUCAUCACCACCGGCGGAGCGGCACUGGCGGGUGCAGGAGAUCUCACCGGCGAUCCCUUUGGCUACGUGACGGGCAUUUUAGCUGUCAUUAUCCAUGCCUCAUACCUGGUACUCAUUCAAAAGACGAGCGUGGACAGCGAGUACGGCCCGCUGACGGCUCAAUACACCAUCGCCUUGGUGGCCACGCCCGUGCUGCUUGUCUGCUCCCUCGUGAGCAUGGACGCCAUCGACAUGUGGACCUACGAGGGCUGGAAUAAUCCAUACAUUACAGGAAUCUUCUGCAUCUGCAUUGUGAUUGGCUGCGCCAUGAAUUUCACUACGCUGCACUGCACGUACAUUAACUCAGCAGUGACCACCAGCUUUGUUGGGGUGGUAAAGAGCAUCGCUACAAUCACUGUGGGCAUGCUGGCCUUUGCUGACGUCGCGCCCACUAAGCUGUUCAUAGCCGGUGUGGUGGUCAACACCAUCGGCUCCAUCACCUACUGCAUAGUGAAGUACUACGAGACACAGAAGAAGGUCAGCUACCAGGACAUGGACGAGGCCGCGAAGGACGAGGAGCCACCCGGAGAGCCAUAUGUAGAACCUCCUUCCAAACCUGAUGGAGAUGUGGAGAGUAUUCCAAAUGGCGGCCCAGCUGAAUCGUUGGAGGACGGUGGCCUGGGUCGUGUGCACGACAACAAAGUUGCAGAGUCUAUAGAGUUACAGACAUCAGCGCAGGUGAAUGAGGAUCAAUCUGUAAACCCGAAUUUGAGUGACAAUUUUGUAGGCGUGUGGAGAUCAGUGCGUACCUUAAAGUUCCUUAAAAAAGACACUUUACUGGACAACAUGGAGGUGCAGAGUCCUUGAUAAAGGUUAACAAGAGAUGCAUGCUAAGUUAAAACAUGUUCACAGACUUGUUCACGUGUGAACAAGAGGAAUGAUGCCUUUUAUUACUCAUUGUCUUAAACCUGAAUUUAUGGAAAGCUAGUAUUUUUUUAAAAACACAUUAUGGUCUGUUUGUAUGAUGGCUAAAAUCAAAUAUUGGUUGUUUUUAAGAAUGGGACUUUUAUUGUGACUUAUAAGUUCUCUCAGUGUCUUAUAUGGCAGUGGACUGAUACACAUUAAAGGAGUGUUUCCUCAAAAAAUGAAAUUUACACAGUUUUACUUAUAGCUCAUAUACCCCAGAUGUAGUCGAUGAGUCGAGACGUGUUUGCGGUCUGAAGUUUGCUUAUUUAGCUUUGGCAAAUGUAGCCAUAGGUAGUAAUAGACAUCUGUGUCAGCCUCAAACCUCAUCCAGGUUUCCAGUGACAUCACACACAGACACACAGACUGUUUGGGUUUCAGGAGGAAGUCAGUGUGAUUUCCUGUAACCUAUGAACAUGAAUAAGCUUCAAAUUGUAAAUGGAAAUUGUAACAAGGUGGAGAUCUUGGAUAACCGAAAAUCAUUUUUCUCCUUUGUGCAGUGUGUAUUCAUACUGACAUUGCAAUGACAUACAAACUUACAACCCCA